AAGAGACUGGAGUUCGAAGGGGGUGGAGCUUGCUUGAAAGGCGACGGACAUAUAAAACCCGCCCGCAGCGGCUCAGCCCCUCUUUUUCCGCUUCCGAUCGCAGUAUCAGCAAGAGGGAACUCUCCACAAUGUCUGCUCAUCUGCAAUGGAUGAUUGUACGCAACUGCUCAAGUUUCCUUAUUAAAAGGAACAAGCAAACUUACAGCACGGAGCCCAACAAUCUUAAGGCCCGUAACUCUUUCCGUUACAACGGUCUGAUACAUCGCAAGACAGUAGGAGUAGAACCAGCUGUUGAUGGAAAGGGUAUUGUUGUAGUCCUCAAGAAGCGUGCAGGCCAGCGAAAGCCAGCCACUUCCUACGAAAAAAUCACCAUCAACAAGAAUGCACGGGCCACUCUCAGCAGCCUCCGCCAUAUUAUUCGCAAGAAUAAUUACCGUAAGGAUCUGCGCAUGGCUGCUUUGCGUCGGGCCAGUGCAAUUCUGCGUAGCCAGAAGCCUGUGGUGGUGAAGAAGAAGAGAACUCGGGCUCCCAAGACUGCAUAAAAACACUUCUCUAAUUAUCAAAUAAAGGAAUAAAACCAGAGAGCAAAA